UCUUUGGAAACUUCUGCGGGGGUAAAAGAGCUAGGAAAAGCUGCAAAGCGGUUUGGGGUUUUUCCUCUUUUUUGCUCCUUCUAAUUUCCCUCUCCUCCGUGUGCACCCUUCUCCGGGAUUCGCGCCGAACCUGCGAAUUUCGAAGAGGUGGUUGCAGAGUGGGAGAAAAGAGGGGUUAGGGUUGGGUGUUUUUUUUUUCCUUUCUUUCUUUCUUUCUUUCUUGAUUUCAAUAUUUUCCCCUGCCCUCGCAGCUGCAGCCGCCACCUUUUACCUGUUCCGCGGCAGCCGCGCGCCGCUAGCAGCUGAGGUGUACUUUAGAUUUUAAACAACAUUUUUGAAGACAAACCUCUUUUUCUCCACCCCACCCCUCUCCUCCACAGCCUCCGAGCUCUUUAUUCCGGGGGUUGCUUUGGGGCGAACAAUUUUUGGCUUUUCCCCCUGCAGUUCUGACCAGGUCGGGCUUGGGGGCUGUUGGUCCGGUGCGUGCACCUGGCGCUGCUCUUUCGCCCUCAACCUGUUGCAAGUCUUGAAUCCCUGUGAUCGGGACUUGCUUGCAGGCACCCCAGCCCUCUCACUCUCCCCACAUUUUGCAAUUGUCUGGGGGAGGGCGCCUGCUCUACCUGCCAGAAUUUUUUUUUCAAUUUCCCCGGCGCCCUCCUAGCCCCUUUCUCCCCGCACUCUCGCUCUCCUGCCCCGCCCCGAGGUAAAGGGAGACUUGAAGAUGGUGCUCACCGCAGUCCUACUGCUGUUGGCCGCUUUCGCGGGGCCGGCCCAGGGCCAGGGCUCCUUCGUGCACUGCGAGCCCUGCGAUGAGAAAGCACUGUCCAUGUGCCCCCCCAGCCCCCUGGGCUGCGAGCUGGUCAAGGAGCCGGGCUGCGGCUGCUGCAUGACUUGCGCCCUGGCCGAGGGGCAGUCGUGGUCAAUCCCUUUCAUCUCCCUGGUGCUGCCCUGGCUCCGCUCCAACUUUCCACUGUCUCUCUGGAGCCUACCGGCUCCACACCAGCUUCAGAGUCUUGGGCUCUGCACGUCUGUGUCCCGGCCCCAGAAGCUGACCCUCUGCUUCCUUCUCCCUGCAGAUCGAGAAUCCCAGGAGCACGAGGAUCCAACCACCGCUGAUGUGGCCGAGGAGACCUACGCCCCCAAGACCUUCCGGCCCCCCAAACACUCCCGCAUCUCUGAGCUGAAGGCCGAGGCCGUGAAGAAGGACCGCAGAAAGAAGCUGACCCAGGCCAAGUUUGUGGGGGGAGCUGAGAACACCGCUCAGACCCGGGCCAACGCUGCCCCUGAGAUGAGACAGGAAUCCGAGCAGGGCCCCUGCCGCAGACACAUGGAGGCUUCCCUGCAGGAGCUCAAAGCCAGCCCUCGGAUGGUGCCCCGUGCCGUGUACCUGCCCAACUGUGACCGCAAGGGAUUCUACAAGAGAAAGCAGUGCAAGCCUUCCCGUGGCCGCAAGCGUGGCAUCUGCUGGUGCGUGGACAAGUACGGGAUGAAGCUGCCAAGCAUGGAGUAUGUCGAGGGGGACUUCCAGUGCCACACCUUCGACAGCAGCAACGUUGAGUGAUGCGUCCCCUCCUCCUCCUCCUCCCCUCACCCCACCCCACCCCCAGCCCCAACUCCAGCCAGUGCCUCCCUCCACCCCAGGACGCCACUCAUUUCAUCUCAUUUAAGGGGAAAACAUACAUAUAUCUGUCUAAUUGAGGAAACUGAGGACCUCAGAAUCUCUAGCAAGGUCUCAACUUUGAAAACGGCAACAAUGGAGAUGAAAAAAGUUAAGGAGAUCCCCCCCCUUUUAAAUGGUUUUCUUUUUGAGGCAAGUUGAAUGAAUAGGGAAGGGAAGAGAGGACGAACAAGAGGAAGAGAAGGGAAGAAGGCAUAUGUGUACAAGAGAGGGAAAGUUGAACAGAGUUAGGAAAGGAAGGGAGAAUGUGGGCAGGAAGGAAAGAUCCCAGGCCUCACGGCUGGUCCCACCUUUCGUAUGCAACCCUGGCCCGAGCUGGGGAGACGUUUGGGCGCUAGAGUUUGGGCCCAAGAAGAAGUAUUUGAUGACACACUUGGAGCUUUCCCAGUUUGGUUGGUCACAAAGGGAGCAAGGCAAAGACAAAAGGUGUCAGCGCCUCUCCCGGGUCCAGCUCCUCCUGCAACCAGCAAUGUGGGCGGCUCGAACCCUCCUUCCUCUGCUGGCCCCCCUAUAUGUUCUCUCCCCCAAAUUUAUAAAAGCUAAAAGGCAUUCCACUCCCCUCAAAACAAAACAAAUUAACAACCGAGUGAUAUUAGAUAGAUAGAUUUUUCCCAAGCAGAUACAUAAGUUUUACAUACGUGUGCACAUUUCCCUGUGCAAACUUUUGGAAAUUAAUACACACUCAACAGUGGGAAGACUUGUUCCUCCCAGUUGACCAGAACUCCGAGCUGAAGCAUGUGGUUUCAGCCCCUCAAUGAAUUUGAUUCACAACUGGCACAGUCUCUGUGGGGGAGGAUAGGCUGAAAAAAAAAGUGGGCUUGUAUUUAUCUACAAGGCUCCAUGUAGUCACAUAUAGGCAUAUAAAUCUACUUUCUUUCUUGUUUUUUUUUUUUCCUUCCUUCCUUUCUUUCAAAAAUUUGCAUUAUUAACUUUUCAACGUAGUUUCUAUGGGGGCAUUGAGGAGCUUCCUCAUUCUGGGAAAACCAAGACAACUCAUAUUCUUCUAACACGACCCAUAACACCAGUCUUGCCUGCCUCCCAUGAGCAGCAAACUCAACCUUUUGUGGGACACAGUGUUGGAUUUUUUUCAUGAUUUCCCACGUGCACACGUCUUUACACGUACCACCCAACCGGGUGGAUGAGAGCACUCUGUGUGCACCCACCACGCUCCUCAGACCCUCCAGAAGUAACCAUCUCCAACCGCACACUGAGCGAGCCCAACAGGCCCAGGUUUGACCUACUGGUCCCACCGGGCCUUUCCAUUUCAUCUGGGCGGAGCCUGCAUUUUGAAAGCCUCUCUCACUCUUCACGCUGGCAGAGCAGGAGAGAGAUGGAAAUGAGAGAUGGCAAAGAGGGAGGUAGAGGUGAACACGUUUCAAUACAGGGAAGCUUGUAAAGUGAUUGUUCAGGCCAGAUAGGUGGAGUGAAGGGAAAGGGGCUGAUGGCCCCAUUCUAGCUUUGAAACAAAGCAACAGAAAGGAGACAAAGCCAGAGAAACUUCCCUGGCUCCCCACCUGAUAAGCCCUCUGGGAUUCAAGAGGAAGGAGAGAGGAAGAUGGGGUACAGGUUACAAAUGAG